UGUGACACAUGUGACCCUCUCUCUCUCUCAUCCUCCCUUCUCUCUAGCAUCUUGAUUGUCUAUAUCAAGACCAUUAAUUUCUUCCACCUCUUCCUUAAUUUCCUCAAUAAUGGAGUCCUACAAAGACCUUUUGGGUGCAGGACGUACUAGCAGCAGUGAAUCUGGGUGGACAAUGUACAUUGCCUCCCCUUGUAUGGAAGAAGAAGAUGCUGAACGCAGUGAUAAUCAUGAUGGUGAUCAUCAUGACAAGCGUCAAAUCAGAAUGAACCGGAAGUAUGUCAAGAAAAAAGAAGAUUAUGACAGUGAUGAUUCUUUGACUUCUGAUGCUUCGUCUGUUCCAAGUUAUAGUCGCCAUACCCAUUCUCCCGGUCAAGGUAGUCAUGGCACAUCUCGUUCUAAACCAGACAAGAGUUAUAAUGAAAACUGCAUGUUUUCUUCAGGCAAGGAUGCAGAAAAGCAGGCGAAGAAACGUGUUGGAAGUAGUACUAAAAAGUAAUAUUGAAAAAUGGCGUUGAUGACAAUGUUGCUGCUCUUAGUUUUGCUCCCGAGUAG